AGUAAACGGCAGUGAAAUUGGACGGUCUAGCCUUCUCGAGCUACUCCCGCCCUUAAUUCAGAGUAUUUCCGGUUGUCAGUGCCACAGCGCGAAAAGCGACAAUGGACCCCGAAAUCUUGCUCCGUUUUUUAUGUACAUUUUUAAUUAUCGACGAGCUAAAAAAACUGUGUCGCCAUCGUCAUCGCCGGCAUCUUUUGCACUCCAGGUUCAUCAGAGAAAAUCAUAUCCAGACAAGGCCAUUGUACUGCAGGAUUAACCAAAGUGUACCAGUCCUGGACCAUUUUUUUAGCCAGGAGGAUCCAAGGCCUGAUUUUCGGCUAAGCAGGGAGUCUCUGGCAGUGUUGCUAAAUCUCCUGAACCAGGAUCGGCGGCAUGGAUGGGGUGCCACAAUUGAGAUCCUGGUGUUUCUUUUCUGGUUGGCAAGUGGAGCAUCCUACAGGGUGGUCUCAAGAGUGUUUGGGAUGCCUCGUUCUACUGUCCACUACAUCGUCCACCGAGUCACAAAAGAGGUGUUGGCCAUUCGCUACCAGGUCAUCCACCUUCCAACAACCCCAGAGAACCUGGAGGUAGUGUCCCGUGGGUUUGCAGGGCUGGCACGCCACAGAGCCUUUAUGAAAGCGGUGGGUGCAAUCGACGGCUGCCACACACGCAUCAAGUGUCCAAGUGGCCCUGAUGGUCAGUGCUAUAGGAACAGAAAACUGUUUCCAUCCAUCAUCUUGCAGGCUGUUUGUGACCAUCGGGGGCGCUUGUGACCAUCGGGCCGCUUCAUCGACACAUAGGUGGGCUGGCCUGGGUCGGUGCAUGAUUCCAGGGUGCUCCGCCACAGCCCACUGUACAGUCAGUCAGUCUACCCUCCUCCAAGGCAUUUCAUCCUCGCAGAUGGAGGGUACCCAUGCCUCCAGCAUCCA